GCAUGGUGAGCCUGUGGUCGCUGGCGGUGGUGGCCUUCGAGCGGUUCCUGGUGAUCUGCAAGCCCUUGGGCAACUUCACCUUCCGGGGCAGCCACGCCGUCCUGGGCUGCGCCGCCACAUGGAUCUUCGGCCUCGUCGCCUCCCUGCCCCCCCUCUUCGGAUGGAGCAGGCAUGGUGAGCCUGUGGUCGCUGGUGGUGGUGGCCACGGGGUGAUGGUGGUGGUGGCCACAAGGCGAUAUGUGGUGGCCAUGGGGCGAUGCAUGGUGAGCCUGUGGUCGCUGGCGGUGGUGGCCUUCGAGCGGUUCCUGGUGAUCUGCAAGCCCUUGGGCAACUUCACCUUCCGGGGCAGCCACGCCGUCCUGGGCUGCGCCGCCACAUGGAUCUUCGGCCUCGUCGCCUCCCUGCCCCCCCUCUUCGGAUGGAGCAGAUACAUCCCCGAGGGGCUGCAGUGCUCCUGCGGCCCGGACUGGUACACCUCCAACAACAAGUGGAACAACGAGUCCUACGUCAUCUUCCUCUUCUGCUUCUGCUUCGGCGUCCCCCUCUCCAUCAUCAUCUUCUCCUACGGACGCCUCCUCCUCACCCUCCGCGCG